CGCUCCAGCCCGGAGACAGCAGCUGCCCCUCCAGCUCCAGCUCCUCGGCCGCCACCACCGGGCACCCCCAAAGCUCCAGCCAUGGACAGAUGCAGAGCUCCGUGCUACGAGUACCCCUCGUGCCCCGACGUGCUGAAAGCCCCGAGGGAGGAGGUCGCCUACGUGACCUGCACCUACAGGUCCACCUGCAUCGACCAACCCGAUUUCCUGGCCACCGUGGACCUCAACCCCCGCUCCCCCCACUACGGCCAGGUGAUCCACCGGCUGCCCAUGCCCAACCUCAAGGACGAGCUGCACUGCGCGGGGUGGGGCCCCGCCUGCGGCUGCUUCGAGAGCGGCGCCGCGGCCAAAAGGACCAAGCUGGUCCUGCCCUGCCUCAUCUCCUCCCGCAUCUACGUGGUGGAUGUGGGCUCCCAGUGCCGGGCGCCCCGGAUCUGCAAGACGAUCGAGCCCGUGGAUGUGUUCUGGAAGUGCAACAAGGGCUACCUGGCUGUCACCCACCCCCUGCCCAACGGGGACGUCCUGAUCGCCAACAUGGGCGACCCCGCUGGCAACGCCAAAGGUGGCUUCGUGGUGCUGGACGGAGAGACCUUUGAGCUGAAGGGGAACUGGGAGAACGAGUGCGAGGUUCCCCCGAGCGGCUGCGACUUCUGGUACCAGCCCCGGCACAACGUCCUGGUCAGCUCGGCCGGGGUGGUGCCCAAAGUGGCCGGGCGCGGCUUCAACCCCGAUGACUUCAAGAAAGGGGUCUUCGGGCGCCGCCUGAACGUGUGGAACUUGUCCUGCCGCAGCCUCACGCAGUGCUUCGACCUGGGCGAGGAUUCUCUGCCCCUGAACGUGCGGUUCCUGCACAACCCCGACGCCGCCGAGGGCUACGUGGGCUGUGCCCUGAGCGGGGUCGUCUUUCGCUUCUACAAAUCGUGCGAGAGAGACAACUGGGCAGUGGAGGAGGUGAUCCGCAUCCCGCCCAAGGACGUGUCGGGCUGGAUCAUGCCCAAGAUGCCAGCCUUCAUCGCCGACCUCAUCAUCAGCCCGGACGAUCGGUUCCUGUUCGUCAGCAAUUGGCUGCACGGGGACAUCCGCCAGUACGAGCUGAGCAGGAACUGCAAGCCCCGGCUGGUGGGGCAGGUGUUCGUGGGGGGCAGCAUCCUGCGAGGGGGCCCCGUGACCGUGUGCAGGGACGAGGAGCUCAAGUGCCAGCCCGAGCCGCUGGUGGUCAAGUGCAAGCGCGUGUACGGCGGCCCCAGCACGAUGCAGCUGAGCCUGGACGGGAAGCGGCUCUACGUGACCAACUCCUUAUACAGCACCUGGGACCGGCAGUUCUACCCCAGCAUGGUCAAGGAGGGCUCGGUGAUGCUGCAGCUCGACGUGGACACGGACAAGGGCGGCCUGGCCGUGAACAAGAACUUCCUGGUGGAUUUCGGCAAGGAGCCGCACGGGCCGUGCCUGGCGCACGAGAUUCGCUUCGCCGGCGGCGAUUCCAAGUCCGAGAUCCUGCCCUAGGGAUCCCGGGAAGCGCCCGCUGCCCCCUCCCCCUGCGGUGCUGCCCUUGGGGUGCCGGCGGGUGAUGGGUGUGGGGUCCCCUCGGGUGUUGGGUGUGGGGUCCCCUCGGGUGAUUCCGGGCUUUGGGGUCCCCGUUCCCGCUGGAAUCUCGAUCCCGCUCCGGGCAAAGCAGCGCCGGGACCCGCGGCUGUCCCUGGGAUGUCCCCGCGAUGUCCCCGCGAUGUCCCCGGGCUCUUCCCGGGAUCCGGAACUUCGGCAGCCUCGGCGGCAGCGAGGGAAGCGCCCGGCCCGGCUCGGUCCCUGUCCCGGGACAUUCCCUGCAGCGCUCCCGGCUCCCAUCCCGUGCCCGGCCCGGCUCGAUCUCUGUCCCGGGACAUUCCCUGCAGCGCUCCCGGCUCCCAUCCCGUGCCCGGCCCGGCUCGGUCCCUGUCCCGGGACACUCCCUGCAGCGCUCCCGGCUCCCAUCCCGUGCCCGGCCCGGCUCGGUCCCUGUCCCGGGACAUUCCCUGCAGCGCUCCCGGCUCCCAUCCCGUGCCCGGCCCGGCUCGGUCCCUGUCCCGGGACAUUCCCUGCAGCGCUCCCGGCUCCCAUCCCGUGCCCGGCCCGGCUCGAUCUCUGUCCCGGGACAUUCCCUGCAGCGCUCCCGGCGCUUUCCCGGCAAUCCCGAGCCCUUCCCGACGCUGCUCCGCCCCGGCCCUGCUUUAGCCUGGAAUAAAUAAAGUUGUUCCCCGCAUCA